AUGUUAUCAUCCUAUGCACCAGUCAUCUCAGCCGCAAAGGCAUACCAUGAGCAGUUAUCAGUCCCUGAGAUCACUAAUGCUGUGUUUGAGCCAGCUAGCAUGAUGGCUAAGUGUGACCCCAGGCACGGAAAAUACAUGGCCUGUUGUUUGAUGUACCGUGGAGAUGUUGUUCCUAAAGAUGUUAAUGCUGCUGUUGGUACCAUCAAGACUAAGAGAACCGUUCAGUUUGUUGACUGGUGCCCGACUGGAUUCAAAUGUGGAAUCAACUACCAGCCUCCAACUGUUGUUCCGGGAGGUGACCUCGCUAAGGUCCAGAGAGCUGUAUGUAUGAUCAGCAACAACACAGCAGUGGCAGAGGUGUUCUCACGGAUCGACCACAAGUUUGAUCUCAUGUAUGCCAAGAGGGCAUUUGUGCACUGGUAUGUCGGUGAGGGAAUGGAAGAAGGUGAAUUCUCUGAGGCACGUGAAGACUUGGCUGCAUUGGAGAAAGAUUACGAAGAAGUGGGUGCUGAAGGUGGAGACGACGAAGAGGAUGAAGGUGAAGACUAUUGAGACCUUUGCUCGAACAAUGAGCAUCAAAAAGUUUUUUCUUUUUCUGUAUUCACUUAUGAUUCUUGUUGAUUACAUGUUUGUUUUAAUCCUGUACAAUAUCCAUUGAACAUUUUCUGCCUUUUGUGUUUUAUCUCGGUUCGAUACAUUUUCAUUGGUAAAGCGACCAUUGGGGAAGAUCCCGAGUUCAUCAUUA